AUGGGGCCAGUCUUGGGGCGCAGUUCGUAUAUUGAUGACAUCGCGCAUGGGGCGGCCACGUGGGAUCAACUAUGCGAUGAUCUAGAUGCGAUGCUUUAUCGGUUACGGUAUUGGAGUAUCUCAGUUAGCUUGCCUAAGAGCGAAUUCGGGAAGCGUGUCAUACCAUACCUCUCCCAUGAGAUUGGUGCGGAAGGGAUACGUGCCACCCCGAAGAUCAUAAAAGGCAUUCAGGAGUUACCAUUUCCGUCUACCCUGAAAGGGGUUCAGUCAUUUCUAGGCAGUCUGAAUCAUUACCACAAAUUCAUUGAGGAUUACGCUGUGGUAGCCGCUUCACUCUAUGAGCUGACCGAUGAGCAAGUGCGCUCAGGACGAGACUUGUCUCGGGCGAGGGAAUCUUUCGAGAUCCUGAAGAAGAAGAUUACAUCCGGAUCAACGAAACCUUUUGUGAUCAUCCCUCAUGCGAAUCCGUGGGCUGCUUGCGCAGUUCUAGGACAGAAGUAUGAUGGACUUGUUCAACCUGUUCGUUUCACGGGGCGUGUCCUGAGUGACGCCGAACUCAAGUAUCAUAUUGCUGAGAAGGAAGUCCUUGCUGUAAUGCGGGUUCUCCAUGUGUUCAAGAACCUGAUCGAAGGAUGUCCGCUGAUACUCUACACCCGACAUUCAGUGUCGAAGUGGGUCAUCAAUUACAAGACCACCGAAGGCCGUCUGGUGUCAUGGGGCGUCGCUCUCUCACAGUACGACUUAGAAAUUCAGAAGGUCUGUCGAGAUGAGGAUGGCUUAGCCGCCAUUAUGGGUGCAGGUAUCACUCCCAGGGAGCACUCGGAUGAAGUCGCCGAAAUACUCAUUCCAGCCAAGGGGCGCCAGUCGUGA